AUGAAUUAUUAGUUUAGUAUUUGCGAUAUUAUUGGUAAAGGCCUAAAAACAAUAACAAAGGAGAAGGUAGCGAUUAAAAUAAAAUCAAUCUAUAGGGUCUAAAUACUUUUAAAUUUUUAUGAGCAUUUCACAACUUAAAACAAUAUAUAUAUUAUCACUCAAUACUGUAGACAAGGAGAUCUAGCUUAGAAAUAGAAACAAUUUGGAUAUUUGAGUUAAGACCAUUCAGUAGCUAUCGUUAGAUAAAUCAUUGAUGGUAUGUAUGUAAUGACUUAACAAAAUAUCAUACACAGAGACUUGAAACCAUAAAACAUAAUAAUCAAUGAUGAUUGUAUUAAGAUUGCUGAUUUCUGA